AUGCCGGCGAGGUAUGAGCCUCUGGAUGGCGGCUCCAUCAAAGAGUUCAUCCAGGUGAACCUUCAUUGGCACCUGGGUGCUGAGCACUACAGCAAGGGCGAGUAUGACAUCCCGGUUGGAAAGCAUCGCCGCCAUCGUCCUGGCCCUCCGAAGUGGGAUGGCCAGCCCCUGGUGCCAGAGGUGCAGCCGGGCUUCUUCUGCAACCUCCGGGGCUACGACGACCACCUGAAGCCAUACCAUUUCAAGCACUGUGAGGAUGCCCAGGUGGGCUACACCUACGAAUUCCACUGGGUCUUCUCCUCUGCGGGGCCGCUCUCGAACGAGUUCCGGCUCUACAGCGGUCUUGACCAGGCGUUCAACCGAUCAUCAAAUCCGAUGGCCAUCGUUCGCGGGCAGGUGUGCCGCAUCAUCAACGAUGAGACCUUGAAGACAGAGCAUGAAGUGGAGAGAGAUUAUGACAACUUCGUCGAGCAGUGGCGGGCUCCGGACUUGGGAAACGCAGUUCGGUACGUCGGCUCUACCACAGGGCCCUCAUUCGACAACAAGGUCUGCUCGCCCGUGGCGGUCAACUGGCAUGUCGACACGAAGUGCUGCACGCUCACUGCGCAGGCCUUGGACCGGACCUGCCAAAAGAUGAAAGAGAUGGGCAUGACUGCGGAUCUGCGACCGCACGGCUCACGAGAGCUGGUCGAUCGACAGUUUUCUUCCAUGUUGGCGUAUCCACUCAGUGAGCCUGAAUAUUGA